AUAUAACAAAUUGUAUAUAUAAAAAUACACAUAAUUAUUUUUGUAAUAUAAUAAAAAGUUAAAAAAAAAAAAUAAAAUUUAAUGUCAUUUUUUCUGACAUUAAUGAAAUUUUUAAAUUAAUAAAUUUAACAAAAUUAAAAAUUUUUAUUAGUAUAUAUAUACAUAUAUAUACUAUUAAUAAAAUAUAUAUAUAAAUAAAAAAAACAAAAUAGAAUAUGAAUCCUUAUGAAUUUGAAUCAACAUUAGAUUGUAGGGACAAUAAUGGUGUAUUACGAGGUGUUGUACGCGGUAGAAGUGGAGGCUGUCUCCUUGAUGGAGUUACGCCAUCGGCACCUCCAGAUGUUCCACCACGUAACCCAACUAUGAGCCGUAUGAAUGGUCGCGUAACUGGGAAUACAAAUGAAUUAGGAGUAGAUUUUGAACCUUCUUGUUUAGUAAGAACCCCAUCUGGAAACGUAUACAUUCCCAGUGGAAAUUUAAGUGAGUAUCACUAUAUUAAUAAAGGAUCACCAAUUGAUUAUAAAGGUGGUUCAGCUUGUUCCACUCCAACAAAAGAGGGUGGUAUUAAAGGUUACGAACGUAAUAAUUGUAUGGGACCUGUGCUUCCACCACGCAGUGUUAUGGGUGGUCUACAGUCACAUCAUCAUCAUUAUUCAGCUCCAAUGAAUUUUAGAAAAGAUUUAGCAGCACGUUGUAAUUCAAAAUGUGUUGCAAUUGUUUCAACUUCUAUAAUAGCACUAUUAGUUAUAUUAUUUUUGUUAUUAACUGGAUUCGGUGUACUUACAUGGGCAACGUCGGCGCCAUGUACAGUUCUAGUCGGUGAAGAAACAUCAGAAAUAACAGCAGCAAAAAGUACUAAUAAUGAUUUAAGUAAAUUACAUCAAAAUACACCAGGUAGAUCAAAAACUGGUAUUAAUGGUGGUCAACCAAUAACAGUAACAGCAGCAACAUCAUCAUUAUCAGCAUCAUCAACAGUAUUAGCUGCUGUAUCACCAUCAAUAGCAACAGCAACAUCAUCUAGUGUAUAUCCUGUUGGAGCUAGAACAUUCCCAGCAAGAAGUUUUCCACCAGAUGGCACAACUUUUGGACAAAUAGCACUAGGACAAAAAUUAACUAAAGAAAUUCAACCCUAUAGUUAUUGGAAUAUGCAAUUUUAUCAAUCAGAACCAGCUUAUGUUAAGUUUGAUUAUAGUAUACCACGCGGUGCAUCGAUUGGUGUAUAUGGUAGAAGAAAUGCUUUGCCAACACAUACACAAUACAAUUUCAAAGAAGUUUUAAAUGGCUUUAGUGUUAGAACAACAAGAGCAACACACCCUUCCUUAACACGAGAAGUAACUCGGUAUAUGGAAUCUGGACAUUGGUUUAUAUCAUUGUAUAAUGAUGAUGGAGAUGCACAAGAAAUAACUUUCCAUGCCGCUAUUGCUGAAGAUAUGACACAAAAUUGCCCUAAUGGUUGUUCCGGUAAUGGUCAAUGUUUAUUAGGACAUUGUCAAUGUAAUCCCGGAUUUGGUGGUGACGAUUGUAGUGAAAGUGUAUGCCCAGUAUUAUGUUCUCAACAUGGUGAAUAUUCAAAUGGAGAAUGUGUAUGCAAUCCAGGCUGGAAAGGUAAAGAAUGUUCACUGCGACACGAUGAAUGUGAAGUUGCAGAUUGUAAUGGUCAUGGUCAUUGUGUUAGUGGAAAAUGUCAAUGCAUGAGAGGUUAUAAAGGGAAAUUCUGUGAAACUGUUGACUGUCCACAUCCUACAUGCUCUGGACAUGGUUUCUGUGUUGAAGGUGUUUGUAUAUGUAAAAAAGGUUACAAAGGUUUAGAUUGUGGUUCGACAGAUCAUGAUGCAUUACAAUGUCUACCAGAUUGUUCUGGGCAUGGUACAUUUGAUUUAGAUACACAAACAUGCCAUUGUGAAAAUAAAUAUAGCGGUGAUGAUUGCUCUAAAGAACUAUGUGAUUUAGAUUGUGGUCAACAUGGUAGAUGUGUUGGUGAAACAUGUGCAUGUGAUCCAGGAUGGGGUGGUGAUUAUUGUAAUAAUAAAUUAUGUGAUGCAAGAUGUAAUGAACAUGGUCAAUGUAAAAAUGGAACAUGCUUAUGCGUAACUGGUUACAAUGGAAAACAUUGUACAAUUGAAGGUUGUCCUAACGGUUGUUCUAAUCAUGGUCAAUGUCGUGUCAGUGGUGAAGGAACUUGGGAAUGUAGAUGUUAUGAAGGUUGGGAUGGUCCUGAUUGUGGUAUCGCUUUAGAAUUAAAUUGUGGUGAUAAUAAAGAUAAUGAUAAAGAUGGACUAGUUGAUUGUGAAGAUCCAGAAUGUUGUUCAAGUCAUAAUUGUAAAACAUCACAAUUAUGUGUCUCAUCACCGAAACCGAUUGAUGUUUUAUUAAGAAAACAACCGCCAGCAAUAACAGCAUCAUUUUUUGAACGUAUGAAAUUUUUAAUAGAUGAAAGCAGUUUACAAAAUUAUGCAAAAUUAGAAACAUUCAAUGAAAGCGUAUUCUGGAACUUUUUUAAUGCAAGUCGAUCUGCUGUUAUACGUGGCCGUGUUGUAACAUCACUUGGUAUGGGCUUAGUUGGAGUACGUGUAUCAACAACAACACCAUUAGAAGGAUUUACAUUAACACGAGAUGAUGGAUGGUUUGAUUUAAUGGUUAAUGGUGGUGGUGCAAUAACAUUACAAUUUGGACGUUCACCAUUUCGACCACAAAAACGUAUUGUUCAGGUUCCAUGGAAUGAAGUUGUUAUUAUAGAUGUAGUUACUAUGACAAUGUUAGAUGAAAAACCAAUUCCGAGCAUAACACAUACAUGUUUCUCACAUAAUUAUGAUAAUAUGAAACCGGUUGUAUUAGCAUCAUGGAAACAUGGUUUUCAAGGUGCAUGCCCAGAUCGUUCAGCUAUAUUAGCGGAAUCUCAAGUUGUACAAGAAUCAUUACAAAUACCCGGUACCGGUUUAAAUUUAGUUUAUCAUAGUUCACGUGCUGCCGGUUAUCUAUCAACAAUUAAAUUACAAUUAACUCCCGAAGAGAUUCCACCAACCUUAUAUAGAAUUUAUUUACGUAUAACAAUUGAGGGUAUAUUAUUUGAAAGAAUAUUUGAAGCUGAUCCUGGUAUUAAAUUUACAUAUGCAUGGAAUCGUUUAAAUAUUUAUAGACAAAGGGUUUAUGGUGUAACAACAGCUGUAGUAAAAGUAGGUUAUCAAUAUACUGAUUGUAAAGAUAUAAUUUGGGAUACUCAAACAACAAAAUUAAGUGGACAUGAUAUGACAAUAUCUGAGGUAGGAGGUUGGAAUCUUGAUAUACAUCAUAGAUAUAAUUUCCAUGAGGGUAUAUUGCAAAAAGGUGAUGGUUCUAAUAUAUACUUAAAACAUAAACCGAGAAUAAUUUUAACUGCUAUGGGUGACGGACAUCAAAGGCCUUUAGAUUGUAAUGAUUGCGAGGGUAUAGCUUAUAAACAACGUUUAUUGGCACCAGUUGCUUUGGCAUCGGCACCAGAUGGUAGUUUAUUUGUUGGAGAUUUUAAUUAUGUCCGUCGUAUUAUGACUGAUGGUACGGUUAAGACCGUUGUAAAAUUAAAUGCUACACGAGUUUCAUAUCGAUACCACAUGGCUUUAAGUCCUUUAGAUGGUACAUUAUUUAUAUCAGAUCCGGAGUCUCAUCAAAUAAUAAAGGUUAAAAAUAAGGAUGAUUUUAGUAAUCCGGAACAUAAUUUUGAACCGGUAGUCGGCUCAGGUGAAAGAUGUCUUCCAGGUGACGAAGCACAUUGCGGUGAUGGCGCUUUAGCUAAAGACGCUAAAUUAGCUUACCCCAAAGGAAUAGCAAUUUCUAGUCAGAAUAUUUUAUACUUUGCUGAUGGAACAAAUAUUAGAAUGGUUGAUCGUGAUGGUAUUGUAACAACUUUAAUUGGGAAUCACAUGCAUAAAUCACAUUAUAAACCCUUACCAUGUGAAGGUACAUUAAAAUUGGAAGAAAUGCAUUUAAGAUGGCCAACUGAGUUAGCUGUCAGUCCACUAGAUGACACUCUUCAUAUAAUUGAUGAUCACAUGAUUUUAAGAAUGACCCCUGAUGGUAGAGUGAGAGUUAUUUCGGGAAGGCCAUUGCAUUGUGCCAGUACAAUAACUACAUACGAUAGUGACCUAGCAACACACGCAACACUCGUUAUGCCACAAAGUAUAGCAUUUGGUCCUAUGGGCGAACUUUAUGUAGCUGAAAGUGAUUCGCAACGUAUCAAUAGGAUUCGCGUAAUUGGAACCGAUGGCAAAAUAUCAACUUUUGCGGGAGCCGAAUCAAAAUGUAAUUGCUUAGAACGUGGGUGUGAUUGCUUUGAAGCUGAGCAUUAUUUAGCAACUAGUGCUAAAUUCAAUACAAUUGCCGCAAUUUCAGUCACUCCUGAUGGUCAUGUUCAUAUUGCCGAUCAGGCCAACUACAGAAUUCGUUCUGUUAUGCCAAGUAUACCUGAAGCAAGCCUUUCUCGGGAAUAUGAAAUAUACGCCCCCGAUGCCCAAGAAAUUUACAUUUUCAAUCGAUUUGGACAACAUAUUGCAACCAGAAACAUUUUAACUGGCGAAACGACUUAUGCAUUUACAUACAACGUUAAUACUUCAAAUGGUAAAUUAAGUACUGUAACUGACGCUGCAGGCAACAAAGUAUUUUUCUUAAGAGAUUACACAUCCCAAGUGAACUCGAUAGAAAAUACCAAAGGACAAAAAUGCCGUCUGAGAAUGACAAGAAUGAAAAUGUUACAUGAAUUAAAUACACCAGAUAAUUAUAAUGUUACAUUUGAAUAUCACGGCCCGACUGGCCUUCUAAAAACCAAAUUGGACUCAACAGGAAGAUCAUAUGUUUACAAUUAUGACGAGUUUGGUCGAUUAACAUCAGCUGUUACACCAACGGGACGUGUAAUCGAUUUGACUUUUGAUCUCAGUGUCAAAGGAGCCACUGUUAAAGUUUCUGAAAACGCCCAAAAGGAGAUUUCUAUGUUAAUUCAAGGUUCUAGUGUCGUUGUACGUAACGGUGAAGCUGAGUCGAAAACGACCAUUGAAUCGGACGGAGGUACAGUUAGUUCAACUCCUUGGGAACAAACAGUGCAAAUGGAAACUGUUCCAUAUCCCAUUCUUUCUGAAAUUAAUCCAGUCUUCGGUGAGAGUUAUCCAGUUCCAGCAAAACAAAGAACUGAAAUUGCAGGAGAAUUAGCUAAUAGAUUUGAAUGGCGUUAUUUCAUUAAAAAACUUCAAAGUGGAAAAGGAAAUAAAAAUCAAAGAUCUUUGACUCAAAUAGGAAGGAAACUCAGAAUAAAUGGUGAUAAUGUGCUAACCCUUGAAUAUGAUAGAGAUAAUCUUUCUGUUAUGGUAUAUAUUGACGAAAAACAAGAACUAUUAAACGUAACUUAUGACAAAACAGCCCGUCCCAUUUCAUUCAAGCCACAAUCUGGAGACUAUGCUGAUGUUGACUUAGAAUAUGAUCGAUUUGGUCGGUUGGUUACUUGGAAAUGGGGUGAUUUGCAAGAAGCUUAUACUUUUGAUAGAAAUGGUCGACUAAAUGAAAUAAAAUAUGGAGAUGAUUCUUCAAUCGUGUACUCAUUCAAGGAUAUGUUUGGCAGUCUCCCGUUGAAAGUAACUACACCAAGACGUUCCGAUUAUCUUUUACAAUACGAUGAUGCUGGAGCACUACAAUCCUUAACCACUCCGAGAGGACAUAUUCAUUCGUUCUCUCUGCAAACUUCUUUAGGAUUCUUUAAAUAUCAAUAUUUCUCUCCGAUAAAUAGACAUCCAUUUGAAAUUUUAUAUAACGAUGAAGGUCACAUUUUAGCUAAAAUCCAUCCUCAUCAAUCUGGUAAAGUAGCUUAUGUAUACGACAGUUCAAGCAGACUGGAAACGAUACUUGCUGGCUUAUCAUCGACACACUAUUCUUAUCAAGAAAAAACGGGACUUGUUAAGGGCGUUGAAGUUCAAGAGCCCGGAUUCGAAUUAAGAAGAGAAUUUAAAUAUCAUGCAGGUAUAUUAAAAGAUGAAAAAUUGAAAUUUGGCUCAAAGAAUCCAUUAGACUCAGCUCAUUUCAAAUAUUCUUAUGAUGGCAACGCCCGACUAAGUGGCAUUGAAAUUGCUGUAAAUGAGAAAGAUUUGGCAAUGACAAGAUAUAAGUAUGGCCAAAAUUUGGGCAACCUUGAAUUAGUUCAAGAUUUGAAAAUCACCAGGAACGCAUUUAAUCGCACAGUUAUACAGGACGCAGCCAAACAAUUCUUUACAAUAACAGACUUUGACCAGCAUGGUCGUGUCAAAAGUGUUUUAAUAAAUAUUAAAUCAUUUGAUGUCUAUAGAUUGGAAUUGGAUUAUGAUUUAAGAAAUAGAAUAAAGUCACAAAAAACAACAUUUGGCAGGUCAACUUCGUUUGACAAAAUUAACUACAAUGCUGAUGGUCAUGUAAUAGAAGUUGUCGGUAGCAAUAACUGGAAAUAUUUAUAUGAUGAAAAUGGAAACACAGUUGGCGUAAUUGAUCAAGGAGAGAAAACAAAUCUAGGAUAUGAUACCGGUGAUCGCGUUAUUCAAGUUGGUGAUAUUGAAUUUAAUAAUUACGAUGCUAGAGGUUACGUAGUUAGACGCGGUGAACAGAAAUAUCGUUAUAAUAAUCGAGGCCAGCUUAUUCAUGCAUAUGAAAGAGAUAUUUUCCAAAAAUGGUAUUAUUAUGAUGACAGAGGUCGUUUAGUGGCAUGGCACAACAAUAAAGGCAACACCACGCAAUUCUAUUAUUCAAACCCUAAUAAUCCGUCCCUAAUAACACAUGUUCAUUUCCCUAAGGAAGAAAAAACUAUGAAAUUGCUUUAUGACGACAGAGAUAUGUUAGUGGCAAUAGAAGAUAGCGAACAGCAAAGAUUUUAUGUUGCUUGUGAUCAAAACGGAAGUCCAUUAGCUUUCUUUAAUAUAGAAGGAAAAAUUAUUAAGGAAAUGAAACGCACUCCAUUCGGUAAAAUCAUUAAAGAUACAAAUCCAAGUCUCUUUGUACCAGUUGAUUUUCAUGGCGGUAUAUUGGAUCCUGUCACUGGACUUGUCUAUGUUGAAAAUCGUUUAUAUGAUCCGACUGUCGGCCAAUGGAUGACCCCGUUAUGGGAAACAUUAGCAACAGAAAUGAGUCUUCCAACUGAUGUAUUUAUUUAUAGAUUCCAUAACAAUGAUCCAAUUAAUCCAAAGAAUCCAAUGCAAUAUAUGAUUGAUUUAGACUCAUGGUUGAAAUUAUUCGGUUAUGAUUUGAAUCGUAUGCAAAGUCUGAAAUAUACCAAAGAACAGCAUUAUGUGCCACAAGCAACUAUUAAAUCAUCAUCUUUAGCACCAGAUUUUGGUGUAAUGUCAGGCCUACAAUGUAUUGUUGAAAAAGUCAACGAAAAAUUCAGUGAUUUUGGAUUUGUUCCAAAACCACUUUUAAAAAUUGAACCAAAGACUAGAAAUUUAUUACCAAGAGUAUCAUAUCGUCGUGGUGUUUUUGGUGAAGGUGUUCUAUUAUCAAGAAUUGGUGGUAGGGCAUUAGUUAGUGUAGUUGACGGUAGUAAUAGUGUUGUACAAGAUGUCGUAUCAUCUGUAUUUAAUAAUUCAUAUUUCUUGGACUUACACUUUAGUAUACAUGAUCAAGACGUUUUUUAUUUUGUUAAAGAUAAUAUAUUAAAAACACGCGAUGAUAUGGAUGAAUUAAGACGUUUAGGUGGUAUGUUUAAUAUUUCAAUACAUGAAAUAAAUGAACAUGGUGCCGUUGGUAAUACACCAAAAGAAUUACGUUUACACAGUUCUGAUGCUGUUGUAAUAAUAAAAUAUGGUGUUGAUCCAGAACAGGAAAGGCAUAAAAUACUUAAACAUGCUCAUAAACGUGCUGUUGAAAGAGCAUGGGAAUUAGAAAAGCAAUUAGUAGCGGCCGGUUUUCAAGGUCGCGGUGAUUGGACUGAAGAAGAAAAAGAAGAAUUAAUAUCUCAUGGGGAUGUUGAUGGUUGGACUGGUGUAGAUAUACAUAGUGUACAUAAAUAUCCACAAUUAGCUGAUGAUCCGGGUAAUGUAGCAUUCCAAAGAGAUUCAAAACGUAAAAGGCGACGAAUUGGUUUUCAUAGAAAUAGUUCAUUAGGUGAAAAUAAAUUAAGAAGAAUGGCAACGACGUGAAGCGAAUCAUUCGAUAUUAUAUAUAUAUAAAUAUUUAAAUAUAAUUCAUAAUAAUAAAUUAAAAAUAAUUAUAAUGUAUAAAUACGAAACGAUUUUAAUAUUAACAAGAAGAUAAAAAAUGAUGAAAGAAAAAAACAAAAUAAAAUAAUUAACAAUAAUUAAUUGAAAUGAAGAAGAAAAAAAUACAUUUUUUUUUAUUUAUUGAAAUUCAUAUUUCAAUAAAUAUAAAAAAGUGAAAAAAAUUAAAUAAUUUGAAUUAUAUAAGGAAAAAUAUUUUUUAUAAAUAUUUCAAAAUGAAACUAUGUAAUGAGGAACCUAAAAAAAAAUUUUGUGAGAUUAUUAACAUUAUUAAAAUAAUCACACACAAAUAAAAUUCUUUGUAAAUUUAACUAUAAAAAUCAUUAAUUUAUAUAAAAACAAAAAACAAUAUUCUUUUGUAAAUUUUUCUUUCUUUUAAUUAUUUCUGGUAAACAUAAAGAAACCCUAUUAUAAAUAUAUAUAUGUAUUAAGUAUAUACACAUAUAUAUCUGUAUAUCCUUUAAGUGAUACUGUAAUUAUUAUUAUUAUUAUUAAUUAAUUAACUAAUUAUUAUAAUUUUAUUUUUAUUUGUUUUUUAAUUAAUUAUAAUGUUACAAAUAUAAAACAAAAAAAAAAUUAAAAUUUUUAAAAUUGUGAUAUAUUUCUAUAUUUAAAAUGAAAUGAAACCCAUAAAAUUAAAACAAAAAAAUAUU